AUGUAUAUAAGGACGCUGAAUAUUUUGAGUUGUAGACAGUGUAUUUGAAGUCAUCCCGUAAAAUGAAACGUUUCAUAAAUUUUACUUUUUCGGCAGUCAUCUUUGUCUUUGCUAUAAAUUUGGCAUUUGCUGAUCAAAGUGGCCAAGGGCCCGAGACUGUAAAUUUGAAAGAUGAUUUGAGUAAAUUCGAAAGAGUAUUCAAUAAUGUGAAGACCUUUGUAAGUAAAUUACAAAAUGGUGACAAACGAAAGAUGACUGCUCUAUUCACGCUUAAAAUGUUUGAAGAUAAUUUGGGAAAAUAUAAACAAACCGUGCCACACAUUUCACAGCUGAAAAAUAACCAUCAACGAAUAAUCAGUGAAGUUUUUAUCGAUUUUAAAAAUGCCCAUGAAGAGGAGAUAAAGAAACGAAAGAAGCUUGACGUAUUAGAAAAUGCUUAUUUAAAUUAUUUGAAUGCUGUACAAAACGAUUCUUCAAAGGCAAACACAAUUGAGUCCGAUGCCCACAACGAUUUGGAGUGCCGCACCAAUUAUAUGACAGAGAUGAAAAAAACGUUGGAAUCGAGUGCAUCAUUUAGUAAAAUUUCAAAAUCUGGCAGAUUAUGCGGAAAUGCUGUUGAACUUAGCAAUCAACUGACCAAACUACGCGUUUUAUCAAAUCUAGACGAGCUAAGGAAGAACUUUGACGGUCACUUGAAUAAACUACUUUUUGAAUAAAUCUACAUAUGCUUUAAUUUUUGUCUUUUGUGGUCGUGAAAGGCUGACGUCAGAUGAAAUUGGUAGAAGUUUUACGUCAAUAGCAAUGAUCUGUUUUGAAUAAUAUUCGACAAGUGAAUAUUCAUUUCAUUUCGUGUACAAAUGUGAAACAACACAAAAUUAAUAAAACAUUUUUUAUACACAAA